CCCACGAUGUCUAUCGUACUUAAUGAAGUGACCACCUUGAUAGAGCAGAAAAUUUGCCCAAAACACACAAAAUUUGAUAUGAGUGAAGAGGAGCAGAGCAACAGCAAAAUACACUUCUAUAAUAACAGUGGAUUUCCACGUGUCAUAGGUUGUGUAGAUGGAACUCAUGUCCACAUUUUAGCGCCUAUAAAGGAAUUGCAACAUCUAUACAUAAAUAGAAAAGGAUACUUUAGCAUAAACGCGUUAAUGGUUUGCGACUACAAAAUAAAUAUAACCUAUGUCGAUGCCAGACAUCCUGGAUCCACACAUGAUGUCUUUAUAUGGGACAACAGCACACUCAAAGAAAUGAUGUCAAAUAUUGCAUCAGAAAACACGUGGCUUUUAGGUGACGCUGGAUUUCCGUUGGAGACAUUUCUGAUGACUCCAUUUCGAGCCGCAGAAAGCGGCAGCCCAGAAUGCAGAUACAAUAAAGUGCAUUGCAAAGCCAGGAACAUAAUAGAGCGAACUUUUGGUGUUUUGAAGCCGAAAUUUAGAUGCCUAUAUUCCGAGCGUGGGCGUCAUUGUGCACCAGAGAAAGCGACUGCAAUGAUAAAUUCAUGUUGUGCCAUUUAUAACAUUGGACGUAUGAUUAUAAUUAUCGGUAUACAGACUGCGAUACCGAAACUGAUAUUGCAGAGAUGGAGAAAAGUUUUAAUUUUGAAACAGGGAGACAAAUCUUGUAGCUCAAGAAAUAAGAUGUAA